AUGGCUCUGACCAAUCAUUCUAAUGACAGUGAAGAUUCAUUGAUUGAAGCUUUUGAAACAACAUUAACAAUACGUCCAACUACUACGGAAUAUGAAGAUGAUAUCUCCAUAGAUCACACCACAUUACCAAACACAACAUAUAACUUCACAUCUACAAGUAUUGUUGGAAUUGAAGAAUUGGAAGAAAAUGAACAAAUUCUGGAACAAAUCCCAAAGUUUAAAACUAAAAGAAGAUAUAGUUUACUACCUAAAAUCACCGAAUUUAAGAAGACUGGAUCUCCGGGUUUGGAAGAAUACUAUAAUCAACAAAAAAUUGAUCCUAAAUUCGAUGCAAUUUUAAAACCAUCUCCAUUACUUGAUGAAUCAUUAGAGAAAUAUUAUCAUACAUUUCAUGAUUUUUUAACUUCAAAUCCUCAUAUUGAGAAUGAAUCACCAAGAUUCCUUCACGAUUCAAGCAAAACUUUAGUAUUAUUAUCUCCAUAUUCAGCAGAACAUGCAUUUGGUAGAAAAUGGGUUACGAAAUCAUAUUUAUCAACUAUAUUUGAACGUCCUCAAAGAUUAUUGGCCAGUUGUAUUGGGGUAGCUGCAGCUGUUACCAUGUUUCCAUUCUAUUAUAAAGUUUCAAAUUCUACUAAAAGAGGAUCUGUAUUUUCAUCUCAUGUUCGUAAAAUUCAUGGAAAAAAUUGGCCAAAGAAAUUAUUUGAAUUAUGUUUAGAAUCUCAUGAAAAAUUGAAUAAAAAUGAAAUGGAAGUUCCUAAUGAUUGGAAUACUGGUGAUAUUUAUUUAACCCCAAAAACCAUCAAUGCAAUCGAAGGGGUAAUCGGUACUAUUGAAACCGCAGUUGAUUCAUUGUUUCUGAAAAAGAAGAAGGAGAAUCAUAAUUUAGCAUUUGUUGUCAUUAGACCUCCAGGUCAUCAUAGUCAUGCAUGUUUACCAAGUGGAUUUUGUUUACUUAAUAAUGUACAAAUUGGUAUUGAAUAUGCAUUUGAACAGUAUGGAGUUACACAUUGUGCAAUUUUAGACAUAGAUUUGCAUCAUGGUGAUGGAUCACAAGAUAUUUGUUGGGAAAGAGCAGGUUUUACAGGUGAUUAUGGACAACAAGAAGAGGAUGAAAUCAUUGAUCCUAAAUUAAAUCCUCGAGAUGAUUAUGGUAAACGAUUUGCAACUUUUCCUAAAGUGGGUUAUUUUUCACUUCAUGAUAUCAAAUCUUAUCCAACAGAAAUCGGAUAUGCUACUAAAGAAAAUAUCAAGAAUGCAUCCACUUGUAUCAUGGAUCAUGAUUUAAACAUCUGGAAUGUUCAUUUACAAGAAUGGUCAAAUGAAGAUGAAUUCUAUAAACAUUACCAAACCAGAUAUGUAUCAAUUUUGAAUCGAGCAAAUCAAUUUUUGAACAAUUCAAAGAAACAAUAUGAACAAGAAUAUCAAGAAUACUUGGAUCAAAUGGCUCAAUACAAUAAAUUUUUGCAAAAGCCACAUUUAUUUAACCAACCGGUAGUUCAACCAACUCCACCACCUCCAUUUAAACCAUUAAUUGCCAUAUCUGCGGGAUUUGAUGCAUCAGAAUACGAAAAUCCACAAAUGCAAAGACAUGGUAUCAAUGUUCCUACUUCAUUUUAUGCUACUUUUACAAAUGAUGUUGUCAAAUUAGCUAAAAUUCAUACCAAUGGUAAAGUAUUAUCAUUUUUAGAAGGGGGAUAUUCUGAUGGGGCAUUAUCUACUGGUAUUUUCUCCCAUUUGAUUGGAUUAAACAAUGAUGAUGAAUUUUUAUGGAAUCAUUCAUGGGGGUCCAAUCAAGUUAUGAAAGAAUUGAUCAAAGGAUGUAAGAAAAACUGGACUCCUUAUAAGAAACCACAAAGUGAUAUAACUAUUUGGGCUAAUGAAGUGAUUAAAUUAGGUAGAUCAAUGAUGCCAAAUGCUGUAUUACCAGCCAAUUACAUUUAUGAUGAUCAAACUAAAUCAGCAAAUAAUAAACACAUGAAUAAAAUGGUUAAAGAAAUUUUGGACCGGGGUAAUUCAAGUAUUAGAUUAGAUAGUCCAAUUAGAAGAGAUCCUGAUGAUGAAAGAAAAGUUAUGAGACAUACUAGAUCAUAUCAUAAGAAAGUAACUAAUUCCAAUAAUAACCAUGGUAGUGGUAAUGUCAAUAGUUUAUACGAUUAA